AACCCUAAACCUGAGCUUCAAUGCUCGGGUAAACGAAAAGGCUAGCGCCAGCCAUGAACAGAGCUAUUCCCAGAAGUCUUUCACUUCAAAUUCGCAGCCAUCUUCUCGAUCCUCUAAAAUCCGUAACAAAUCCUAUCACAUCGUCAUUUAUAGUUGUUUCCAGGACUCGUUCUACGCAAAUAUUCUACUCGUCUGAGUCCGACACAUCCCAUGAAGCAAAAUUUGCUCGAACCCAGACGCGACAUGGUGAAGUUGACGAUGUCGCUGGCGUGAGCAACCAAGAGCUAAAGAAGAGGAUAGAGAAAUACUACGAGGGGGAUGAAGAGGCGAUUCCAGAAAUAUUUGAAGCUAUAUUGAAGAGGAAAUUGGCAGGGAUUAGAGAUAAGGAUGACGAAUUGAUGGCAGAAGUUAGGCGGAAAUCUCCAAGUGUUGAUUUUGAUUAUGAAUCCGACGAAUUGAAUGAUUCUAACGGCGAGAAAGAAUGAUGCGAAAUUGCUAUUACAGAAUAAGAAAUCAAC